AACUUCAGCCUAAACUCGUUUGAAACACGAUUCAAACAAGAGGAGUGCCAUCAGCCAAACGAAUGUUUUGAGAAUAGCCGCCGCUGUGGUCUAUCACACCAAUGUGCGCACGGGCUGGAUCGGGCCGGGAGACACCGGCUAACGCCACGUGAAUAGCUGAACUCCGAUCCACCCACUCCCCUCCCCCUGUCAUCCUGUCGGCGCCUGUCUACAGGUGCACUCGCUCGGCCGUCCAGGUAUGAGCGCACUUCAAGUAUCCUUUUACCGGCGUAAAGCACACAGCUCCGUCCGUCAAAACAAUCCGGGGCCGCGUCCACCGCUCACUCGUCCACCGCAACUUGCGAACGUCUCAAUGACGGCGAAAGACCUCGGGCACAACACUCGCGAUCGACACCCGGCCACGGUUAAGGCGCGGCGCGCAGUCAUCAUCGUCACCGCCAUCUCAUCAUACCGGGCAGGAAGGGGAAUUGGAGGGAUGCCCAACACGUACUCAAUGGUGACCACGGUGCGCGUGUUUUAGGCUGCAGCCCGAGGCUCGAUUGAAGAGCGAUGGACAUGGGAGCGAGACGGGAGCGCGCCCGCCACGAGGACGCGCGCGCCUCUUGCAGCGGUUCCGACAGCGCGCGCAGCCAGGCGAGCUCCGGCUCCCGGCACCGUAACGUGGAAGGGUCCAGCACAGGCUCUAGCAGACGCGCCAGCGCGGAGGGAGGCUGCAGUACAGGGUGCCGACAUCCCCACGGCGCGAAGGGGUUCGGGUUAUCUUCUGGAUGUCACAACGUGGAAGGCGCUUGCCUGGGGUCGCAUCAACACAGCCGGGGAGGGGAGUCUGGCUUUGGCUCUCGCUACCCCAAGGAGGACGGCGGCGUUAGCUGGGGCUCACGGCAGCCGAGCGCGGAGAGCUCCAGCCGACGCUCUCGCCUCUCCUGCGAGGAGGACUCCAAGCUGCGAUGCCGACACCGCCACCACAACCACCAGGGCGGCGGCGGUGAACGCGACCGCGGCGCCAGAGGGGAACGAGGCGAAUCCAUCUCGGGGUCCGGAGGCACGUCUUACAGAAGCGACGAUGACGACGAAGACGACGACGAGGAGGAAGAUAACGAUGUCGGCGGCUGUAGACGCGUCCCGAUCGCCUCCUGUGCACCCUGCGACCACACGGACCUGUCCGCAAUGAGCAGCAGCAGCAGCCACCACAGCGACUGCUGUUGCUGCCGGUGCUCGAGCGAGUGCAGCACGGAGCGCACUGGCUCCAGCGCCACCCCGUGCUGCUGCUGCUCCUGCUGCGCGUGCGGGGAGCAGCAGGGUCAGCUGCAGGGUCACAGCAGCGACUGCAGCAGCGAGCGCGCGUCGUGGCACACGCAGGGACCGGGGACUCCGACUCGGCAGGAGCGCGGUCACCGGCUGAAGGACGUCGGCGCGGGCGGAGGGGUGGACGGCAAGGACCACAAGGCUAAACGAGGAAGCGUGAGCAGCUCCCAGGACGACCAAGAGGCGGCUGGACGCGCAGUGGCGUUGGUCAUCAAUGGGGCACGCCGCGGCUUCGUGCCGCUGUGCGUCGACGUAGCCGGCCUCCUCCGUUCGCAGCGCAGGCUACGGAGAAUGGUGGAGUCGCAGGCGCUGGAAAUCGAGCGGCUCAGGCGGCGACUUGGCCACGUGGGCCCUGCCGAGCUCUCGCCCGGAGGCUCCUGUGGGUCGUCGGCCAAGCACCGCUGCACAGCGAGCAUUGUGGGACAGCAGCAGCAGCAUCAUCAUCAUCAUCGCAACGGCCUUCCGCCUGGCACAGCAGCUGUACCCAAACAGUGCCCACAUUGUGCUCUACAGAGCGACAUAGACUGGGAGGACGAAAAUGGCACCGAAUGUGACAUCAAUGGAACAAACCCCAAUUCAUGCUUCCUUCCUCCCAUGCCCGGUGUAACUGAGAAUGUGCUGCAUUGUGCGCGCCUGAGCGAGGCCCUCUCAGCCGGGGAGACGCACAGGGCCCAUGUGCACUCAGCUGCCGAACAGGUGGCGGCCCACCUGGGCUCCCGGGCCCUCCGCAGGAGGUCUCGCGACUCAGCGACGGGUCGCCAAGUGGAGGAAUCGAGCAGCGGGUCGGCUUGCUCCAGCACCUGCGCUUUCAGCGUCGACGCGGACAGAAGAGGUCAGAGUUCAGUGAGCUGGGACAAAGACCGUGUGUGUGAUCUGCCAGGGACAUAUGGAGGGAUUUUCACAUCGCUGGAUGGUGCACGAGGAGAGUCCUGCUGCAGCGCGGGACGUCGACCCAGCGGCCUCUCCCUGGACUCCAGCCGGCCCAGCGAUGGUAGCAUCAGCGAGGACGAACCGCUGAGCAGCACCGGGCGCCGCAGACCCCGGCGUCCCGACCUCUGGGCGGAAUCUCAGAAUCCGGGACCCUUGGCGCUCCUUCCUCACGGGGCCGAGCGCGGGGGCCGGGACGCGGACGCGGUCGUCGCGGUCGCGGACGGAGUCAAGGAGGCCGCGGUGGAGCCGGGCCUGGCGACGGCGCGCCGUCUCUCCGAGGAGGGACCCUCGGCUGCCGAGAUGGGCAUCACGCACUCUUUCGACCCGGGGGGCCGGGCACAGCCUGGGGCCCGGCGGCCGUUGGCCCGCAAGAGUGGCCAGGCGGAGCCGUCCCCGGCGCCGCAGGCCAACUGUGCGCUCAGGCGGCUGAAGAGAUUUCAACUGAGCCAGCUCACCUGCAAACUGAGGAGGUGACGAAUCCCAGAAGCUGCGAGCGAACAUUCAAGGACCACCAGACACACAAAGGCAAAGCUUCCAUGUAUAGCCGUAUCGACUGAUGGAAGUGUCGUUCACGAGUACCUAUGCAGACGGCACAAGGCACGAGGGGGUGAUGUGGCCAGAACCGAGCCCGGCCGUAUGUGGCCGACCACUUCCCAAGUUAACACACUGUACUACGUACUCAUUUGAGGCUGAGUCGAGAUUGGGGAGGCCCAGGAUCCAUUAUUAUAUCACUCGCCAUGUUAGCUGUGACAAGGUAUUGAACCAUGGUGGUUGAACUUGAAAUGCAGUGCGCCAACUACUCUGCCACCUUCAAGCAGGAUAUCACAGACAGAA